AUGGCAUCAUCAUCCACUUCCAAGCUUGUUGGCAAAGAGAUGUCCAGUACGCUCAGGCAGAACUUGCGUCAAAAUAUGCCAGUUCAUCCGCUGUCUCAAGGCUUCAACUCUCCAUUCGGCGACAUGACAUUUCCUGGUUUGAGUGACACAGCACUUCAUCCACAUGUUGUAAACAAAGCCUUCACACAACCAGGGUUCACAGAGCAGUGGGUACAGCAUGAAGACGCCACCGUACAUAACUGCGAUACUUUACCCUCGCAGCCUCUGGCAACACAUUGCCCCGAACAGCAACCAGAUGCACCAGAGUCACCCACACUGGAUGAUAUAGAAGACUAUCUAGGGAUAUGCGACUUUGUGAUUGGAAGGGAGGAGUCGAAUGCAUCCAUUCUUCCAACCAUACAAUUCCCGCCUCCUUGUUUCCCAGAUGGCCUUUUUAGCCAAGACGACUGCAGUCCAUCCUCACAGUCGACUGGAAACAGUUGUCCGUGGAAUGAUGCUCACGCAUAUCUUGGACAAAAACUAGCAGACUUCAGCUCCAGGAACGGCAGAUUCCCCGUCAAUCCACAAGCACAACAAGUCGACUCCAUAUUCGCCAACCGAGAUUCUUCAGUGAGAGGACGCCUCUACUCACGCUGUGUUCAUUGCGCCAACUACAGAGAGCUAGAUGCAGACCUAGACACAGCUGCAGGAUCUAUCGGGCAGAGGUCACAUUGGCCGCAGCAUCCUACACCUGCAGAUUGUGGGACCCCAUAUGGCGAGCUCGACCUAAGCCAAGAGUGGGUUGCUAUCCCUCAUGAUAGGACAACCCCAGAGUUGCUAGCAGAGUACGAGAUUGUCUCCAAGGAUGUUGAAAUGCCUCCUAUGAGCCCUUGGGAACUAAUCGCCUCCAUCACCUCAUCCAGCCUAUCGCUGCUUCACUGCUUUCGGGCAGAUGGAUCCCCUAAGAUGAAAUGCUUCUAG